GGCUCCGUUCGCGCGCCCGCAGCUCGCCUCCGGGGGCUGUUCGCUCGGUUCCCACAGCGGCCCGGGGGUCGAGGCCCCUGGCUGCAGGACUUCUGCCUCGGUGCCCGAGUCCUGGGGGACCCCAACAAUAGACGAACGCCCUCUCCCCUUGAGGCAGCGUCUCGCGGCGGUGCUCCUGCCCCUCGAUUGCUACAGGUGUGCGCUAGCACGCCUGCCUCUACACAGUGGCCUUCAGGGAAGGCGGGGAGAGCAGGCGUCCCAGGGACCACGCGGGCCGGCCUUGCCGCACCAGCUAGCGCAACCCACCGCUCCUUCCGGGUGCGCGACACGUCUCGCGAGGAUCCCCGAGACUUUGCGCGGUAUCCCGCGGCCUGGUUGCCGGGAGACAGCGCCGCGGUCUGAGCUGCAGUUGCUCUCGGUCCUAGCCAGCGUCAUGGCACCCAAGAAGAAAGGGAAGAAAGGUAAACCCAAGGGCACUCCGAUCGUGGACGGCCUUGCUCCCGAGGAGAUGAGCAAGGAGCAGGUGGAAGAGCAUGUCGCUCGCAUCCGGGAGGAGCUGGACCGAGAGCGGGAAGGACGUAACUACUUCCAGCUGGAGCGGGACAAGAUCCACACGUUCUGGGAGAUAACUCGGAGGCAGCUGGAGGAGAAGAAGGCAGAGCUGCGGAACAGAGACCGGGAGAUGGAGGAGGCUGAGGAGCGGCACCAGGUGGAGAUCAACGUGUACAAGCAGAAGGUGAAGCACCUGCUGUAUGAGCACCAGAACAACCUGACGGAGCUGAAGACUGAGGGCGCCGUAGCCAUGAAGCUGGCGCAGAAGGAGCACCGCGUGCAGGAGGGCGCCCUGCGCAAGGACAUGCGGGUGCUCAAGGUGGAGCUCAAGGAGCAGGAGCUGGCCGGCGAGGUGGUGGUGAAGAACCUGCGGCUGAAACACGCCGAGGAGAUCACCAAGAUGCGGAGUGACUUUGAGAGGCAAGUCCGAGAAAUUGAGACCAAGUAUGAUAAGAAGAUGAAGGUGCUAAGGGACGAGCUUGACCUAAGGAGAAAGACCGAGAUCCAUGAGGUGGAGGAGUGGAAGAACGGCCAGAUCAACACCCUGAUGCAGCGCCAUGAAGAGGCCUUCACUGACAUCAAGAACUACUACAACGACAUCACACUCAACAAUCUGGCCCUCAUCAACUCACUCAAGGAACAGAUGGAGGACAUGCGCAAGAAGGAGGAGCACCUGGAGCGGGAGAUGGCCGAGGUGUCCUCGCAGAACAGGCGCCUGGCGGAUCCCCUCCAGAAAGCCCGGGAGGAGAUGGCUGAGAUGCAGAGGAAGCUUGGAAACUAUGCAAGGGACAAGCAGAUCCUGACGAGCACGAAAGCACGUUUGAAGGUUACUGAGAAGGAGCUGAAGGACCUGCAGUGGGAACAUGAGGUGCUGGAGCAGCGCUUCCUCAAGGUGCAACAGGAGCGGGAUGAGCUCUACCGGAAGUUCACAGCAGCCAUCCAGGAGGUGCAGCAGAAGACCGGCUUCAAAAACCUAUUGCUAGAGCGCAAGCUGCAGGCCCUGAACGCUGCUGUGGAGAGGCGGGAGGUGCAGUUCAAUGAAGUGCUAGCAGCCUCCAACCUGGACCCCUCUGCCUUGACCCUAGUGUCUCGCAAGCUUGAGGAUGUUUUGCAGUCGAAGAACGCCACCAUCAAGGACCUGCAGUACGAGCUGGCACGGGUCUGCAAGGCCCACAACGACCUGCUGCGCACAUACGAGGCCAAGCUCCUAGCCUUCGGGAUCCCCCUGGACAACGUGGGCUUCAAGCCUCUGGAGACAGCUGUGAUCGGGCAGACGCUGGGCCAGGGCCCUGCAGGACUCGUAGCUACGCCAACGUAGCCACCAGCUGCCGCGUGCUGCAGAACUGCCCGGCAGCUGCCCAGCUGAUAACCCUUUCACAUCAAGGACAAGAAGAUUUUGUUUUUUAGAGUUCAACAGCAGCAAAUGAAAUUUUCUUUAGUUUGCUUGUUUUUCUCUUGCCUGCCUCUGUGGAGGAGACCUCCUGCAGCAGCUCGCCCCUGGUGUCUGAUGUGUGCUAUGGCCACCCCUCCCAGCCCGCCCCUGGCUUCAGUGGCUCUGUGGAGGACCCCUGGGCAUGCCGGCCCAGGGUGGUGCACUGUUCCUGGCCCAAUGCCAGAGCCACUUUGCAGAUGCCAGUACUGACUUCAUUGACUCCUGAGUCAUGGCUACCCCCUGCGACACUCCAGGGCCCCAGGAAGGACCUCCUCCAGGAAGCUGGGGUCCUAGUGCCCUGUGAUGAGCAAGGUGUCCCUCUGCUGUGGGCGGGGCGGACGGCCUCUCCUGGCCAGCUCUAGCUCCCUCGGUAGGUGGUAUAGGACCACGGGCUCAGCAGCAGCGGCACGUGGUACUUCUGAGUCUCGCUAGUGACGGUGAAGACAAUCUGAGAGAAGCAGAGAUGGCACUGGAAGACAGUGUGAGAUCACAGCCUGCAACGUGCCGCAGCGCUUCUGGGAACGCUAGCAGCCAGGCUGUAGGAUGGGGUCAGCUGGAGCUUAUUGGGGACGGCCUUCUUCCCAGGGGUCCCAGGAUCGGCACGCCUCCUCCCUGGAGACGGGGCCAGGGAGGCUGGAGCCCAGGCUUGCUGGAUGCCAAAGGGCCAGGUUCUUUGAUGGGAGCUCCAGGUGAGGGGAGGCAGAAGGGCGAGGCCCAGGAACUGCAGUAUGGACAGGGAUGAAAGCCUGCCUACAAAGGAGGGUGAGUCACCCUAGGGCCAGCCGGCUGGCCGCCUCCGAAGGCCAACCCUGGGGCGGCUCUGGAACGGGCAUGCCAUCGAGGUGGCCAGUGUGCCUCUGGUCCCUGGACACCUUUCUUCUGAGAGGUCAAAGUAGGUGAGCUCACCUGCCUGUCUCUACCCAGGAAGAGGUGGGACCCUUCUGCCUGUAGUCUGGACGAGGCCGGACCCGCAGGACCUGAUGGGUAGUUGCAAUGGCGGGAGCCUCCACCCGUCUGCAGUCCUCACCUCUACACGGGUAGAAGCUCUCUUGCCCCGUCUUCUUCCAGUAGCCCUCAGUGUCAAAUGACAGCUUGUAGGGGCCUGGCUUCACCUGGCUCGUUCCCAGAGGGCCAGGGCAGUGGCCAUCCGCGUCCGUGUAGCUGGGGAGAGAAGACAGGACUGCAGAGGUGGGAGGAAGAAUGGCUCCCCACCUCUGGUCUGCACCCCCAGGCCCAGAACCCCUCACAGCCUCAUGC